AUGACGGUAAACGGGACGACGACGGAGAUGGUCCUGUUGGACAUCUGGACACGGUGGUCGACGGUGACCGAGAUGGUUGGAGCUUCGAUCUACGGCGGAUUUAGAAUCGGCGGCGUCUUCAAAACUGUCGUGGUGACGUCGGCCGGCGGGAGGUGCGACGGCGAGAAUAUGGCUGCGUUCCGCAGAGAUUCUGUGCGACUAAACAGCAGCGCUCUUGCCUGCGUGAAGCUUUGGGCCGAUGUUGACGGCGGUCGUUUCUCGAACCUCGUCAUUCUUGCGAGAGUCCGGCGGAGGCGACGGGCUGUGGCUGACCGACGUGAAAAUUGGGGAGGAGGCUGA